AUUAUUUUUUUUGAUUUUUAGUUCCACCUGUGAUUGAUGAAGUUCCUAAAAUAAAACCACGUCUAAGUCUAAGUCUGUCUCCGAAACCUUCAAAAAACUUAAACGCUUCCUGUGAUAAAGACAACAUUAUUAUCACUUGGAUAAAAUCUGCAAACCUAAACAAAACUCCGGACUCGAAUAUUAUUCCUGUCACACAAAUGGUAAACCAAAACCUAGAAGAUAAAAAUCAAGUAAAAACCAACAUUGAUCUGCUCAAAGCUAAAGAAACAGUUAAAGAUGUGUCUCAACAUGUACCGAUCUCGGGAACUGUUAUAGUUGGUAUUCGUGAUGAAACUUUGAUUAGUCCUGAAGUUAUCCCUGAAAAUCUUGAUUCCAAACCUACGAUUUCAGUUGCGUCUGAACCGAUUGAUCUGGAAGAGGAGAAGUCUGCUAAGAAGACUGAGAUAGAAGACACUGAUGUUCAAGAAGAUUUUUAUUUAUUGUUCGAUGAAGGAACACGGAAAAGAAAAUGUCCUGAUUUCUUCGGAGAAAAAACUAGCGAUGAAGAGUAUAAUCAAACCAUGAAGUGCUCCAAACUCACUAAGAUCCCCGUGAAGCCUUCUUUUUCCGGGAUGGGUUCUCAAGGUUCUCCGUGUCCAAGGACGGAGAGAAAAGUAUCUGGCCAAGGUUCCAAGACACCGAAGGAAAAAUUAACGCCAGCGCCAAAUCAUCAGAACAAAAGUACUGAUAAGUUAAAAGAGUACAAUGCAGUAAAAGAGACAGGUUACGAGAACCUAGAGUAUGUGGAUCUGACAAGAUGCAGGUUAUGUUCAGAAUACUUCGCCUCCAAGGCUCAGUAUGAUCAUCAUAGAUUGUUGGAGCAUCCUCAAUAUUGUUCAGGUUCAGAGUUGGUAUGUGAGGAAAUGUUUUUAACCAGGAUUGACAUGUACAAACAUGUGAUGAGAUACCAUGAAGGGAAGGGAGUAGAGGGUAAACUGAAGUAUUGUUCCCUCUGUGGAUGUUGGAUAGAUGUCAAGUCCGUUCAUAAUCAUAAACCUCAGGCACACUGUCUACCCUGCCACAAGUGUAAACUAAAGUUCACAAAUAAAAAAGAACUGUUACAGCAUGUAGCAGCGCAUCUAGAAGAAGAAACCAUGAAGAGAGAAAAUUAAGAAGAGAAUUGCAACUAAAGCAUUUUAAACAAAAUAGUUUAUUCUAGUGAAUCAUUAUUCACAUUUAAUUAAGUGUUCGUUAUUAAAUAAAUAAUGUUGGUCCUUUGUCAAAAUAGAAACUAAAGAGCUUUUUUUUUCAGAA